GUGCGCCCAUUUGGCACACACGGAGCUCCUCCUCCAACAGGAAGAAAAAUACACCGACGUUUACAGGAGAGACACACUGCUACCAGGAACAAGCAACUGACCGACCAACUCGGUAAGUGAUGUGGGCUGAAAAAUUGGGGAAACAGUUGGGCCACCCGACACAAUCAGUGGGAGGGUGGCUGGUGAGUAGGUUGCUCGUAGCACGCAACCGGGUCCUUGAGGAGAAUGCUGUGCAGCUGUGCCGGAUCCAACCUGAUGACACAGUGCUGGAGCUGGGUCAUGGCCCGGGUCUGGGUCUGAAGUCAGCUGCCAAACUGCUCACAGAUCCCAAAGGCCACCUCAUAGGGGUGGAUUUCUCAGCAUACAUGCAUAAGGAGGCAAGUGAGCAAAUGAAGGACCUUGUGGCCAGUGGGAAAGUGACCCUGCAUCACUGUGAUGUAGCAGCAAUGCCUCUGGAAGACAACACUGUGGAUAAAGUCUUUCACUGUAACUGCUACUACUUCUGGCCUGACCUCAGGAAGGGGGCCACAGAGAUACACCGGGUAAUGAAACCAGGAUGCCUGAUGGUGACCACACUGAGGCUGUCUAACGUGGCUGCUUUGGCAGCAAAGCGAGUGAUGCCAGGGGAGAACUGGCGCCCGGAGGCCUACAUGACAGCUCUGAGAGACUCUGGGUUCACUGAUGUCAGGAUGGAGGACAGACAGCUGAAAUACAUUUCUUUUCAAGCUAUCUAUGCCACUGCCUCAAAAUGAGAUUCAAAUCACACUGCAAGUGAGAGAUUUUGUGUCUUCGACCCUACUGAUGUGAUUGUGAGUUUUUGUGAGAUUGAGUGUAUUUCUGACCCUCGACUCUCCUUUCUGUGGCAGAUUUCAAAUGACUAAAUGAAAACAUAUCAAACACAGAAAUUCCGUUUAAUGAAAUACACAUUGUUAUUUGCAUUGAUUGUUUUAUAUGGUGACAUGCUGGGGCGCCGAAAAGGGGGGAAAAAGGAGAAGGAUCCCCCCCCCCCUCUCUAUUUACAUAAAAUGGUUCAGUCCGACUGGAUCAGCA